GCGGGUAAACAGACAUGGCCGGCGAGGGAGAAGAGCAGGACGCUGCGCACAACAUGGGGAACCACCUGCCGCUUUUACCUGCAGAGAGUGAGGAAGAAGAUGAAAUUGAGAUGGAAGUUGAAGACCAGGAUAGCAAAGAAGCUAGAAAACCAAACAUCAUAAAUUUUGACACCAGUCUGCCAACAUCACAUACCUACCUGGGUGCUGACAUGGAAGAAUUUCAUGGCAGGACAUUGCAUGAUGAUGACAGCUGUCAAGUGAUUCCAGUUCUGCCACAGGUGAUGAUGAUCUUGAUUCCUGGGCAGACAUUACCUCUUCAGCUUUUUAGCCCUCAAGAAGUCAGUAUGGUGCGGAAUUUAAUUCAGAAAGAUAGAACCUUUGCAGUUCUUGCAUACAGUAAUACACAGGAAAGAGAAGCACAGUUUGGAACAACAGCUGAGAUAUAUGCUUAUCGAGAAGAACAGGAUUUUGGAAUUGAGAUAGUGAAAGUGAAAGCGAUUGGAAGACAAAGAUUCAAAGUCCUUGAGCUAAGAACACAGUCAGAUGGAAUCCAGCAAGCUAAAGUGCAAAUUCUUCCUGAAUGUGUACUUCCUUCAACUAUGUCUGCAGUUCAAUUAGAAUCACUCAAUAAGUGCCAGAUAUUUCCUUCAAAACCUGUUUCAUGGGAAGACCAGUAUUCAUACAAAUGGUGGCAGAAAUACCAGAAGAGAAAGUUUCAUUGUGCAAAUCUGACUUCAUGGCCUCACUGGCUGUAUUCCUUAUAUGAUGCUGAAACCUUAAUGGAUAGAAUCAAGAAACAGCUGCGUGAAUGGGAUGAAAAUCUAAAAGAGGAUUCUCUUCCAUCAAAUCCAAUAGAUUUUUCUUACAGAGUAGCUGCCUGUCUUCCUAUUGAUGAUGUAUUAAGAAUUCAGCUCCUUAAAAUUGGUAGUGCUAUUCAACGACUUCGCUGUGAACUAGACAUCAUGAACAAAUGUACAUCCCUUUGCUGUAAACAAUGUCAAGAAACAGAAAUAACCACCAAAAAUGAAAUAUUCAGUUUAUCGUUAUGUGGUCCAAUGGCAGCAUAUGUGAAUCCUCACGGAUAUGUGCAUGAGACGCUUACUGUGUACAAGGCUUCCAAUUUGAACCUGAUAGGCCGGCCUUCAACAGAGCACAGCUGGUUUCCUGGGUAUGCCUGGACUAUUGCCCAGUGUAGGAUCUGUGCAAGCCAUAUCGGAUGGAAAUUUACUGCCACCAAAAAAGACAUGUCACCUCAAAAAUUUUGGGGCUUGACUCGUUCUGCUCUCUUACCCACAAUUCCAGACACUGAAGAUGAAGUAAGCCCAGACAAAGUAAUACUUUGCUUGUAAAAACAGGGAUAUUGGUAUUUUUAUAUCUGUUCUGCUUUGAAAAUGUAUGGCUUCUUUCUGAUUCAUACCUGAGCAAACAGCAACAUAUUUCAUGGAGGGUUGCAGUUUCUUAGU